AUGCAGUUCUACACGGUGUUUCUUGUGAUCGGUGUUGCUGUGGUGUCAGCAGAAGGAAGUGACGUACAAGAAUUGCCAAUUUCGACGAUUGAGAACGUUAACCAGGAUUUAUCAUCCCAAGUGGAUGAUUCAAAUUACCUGGCAACGGAUGGAUACGAUGUCUUUAGUGGACAGUUCCCGUACCAUGCUCGAAUCUUUAUAAAAUAUGGCAAUGAGACGGGCCAUACUCUUUCGUCCGGAUCACUCAUCACACCGAACUACAUCCUGACGAGCGCGAAUGGAUUGCAAAGCAAUAACACCCAUGGAUAUGUAGUUCUGGGUGUCGACGAUAGUAGUAGCACAGCAACACAGCAGCAAAUCAACUUCACAGAAAGUGGCAUUCAGGUUCAUCCGAUGCACAACAUUGCUACGGUUCGGCUGGAACAUCCGGUUACCUUCACCAGAUUUGUGCAGCCAAUUCGUUUACCCAGACUGUUCGAUUCCCGCACCUAUGAGACGAUGGAGGGCACCAACGUUGGAAGUUAUUCAGGCCCGUUGAAAUACUUGCGCAAUCAGGUGAUAUCGAAUGACGUCUGCCACGAGGAGCAUCCUCAUGCGUACAUUUAUUCUUAUAAUAUUUGCACGAACACCUACGUCGGCGGUGCGUUCUGCAACAGAGCGUAUGGUUCGGGGUUGAUCGUUGAGGGUGAGAAAGGUCCUAUACUGAUCGGUAUUACGACUGCGGUUUAUUUGUGCGCUGUAAACUAUCCAAACAUUUAUCUACGCGUUUCCGACUUUCGCGACUGGAUUAGUAUGAACUCGAAUUAUGUGUUUGAUUUCUAA